UCUCCUCCCAGCCCAUCCCCACAAGCCAAUCAGAAUGGAGAUGAACAGCACGGCCACCAUCUUGUCCUCUGCCUUCCUGGCCGUGGAAUAUGUUGACGCUGUCUUACCUGACAACCCUCUACAGCCUUCACUACAAUACGCCUGGGGGUAAUAGGACUAUACUGCUACUAUACUAUUACUAUACCACUACAAUACGCCUGGGGGUAAUAGGACUAUACUGCUACUAUACUAUUACUAUACCGCUACAAUACGCCCGGGGGUAAUAGGACUAUACUGCUACUAUACUAUUACUAUACCACUACAAUACGCCUGGGGGUAAUAGGACUAUACUGCUACUAUACUAUUACUAUACCACUACAAUACACCCGGGGGUAAUAGGACUAUACUGCUACUAUACUAUUACUAUACUGCUACAAUACGCCUGGGGGUAAUAGGACUAUACUGCUACUAUACUAUUACUAUACCACUCACAAUACGCCUGGGGGUAAUAGGACUAUACUGCUACUAUAACUAUUACUAUACCACUACAAUACGCCCGGGGGUAAUAGGACUAUACUGCUACUAUACUAUUACUAUACCACUACAAUAACGCCUGGGGGUAAUAGGACUAUACUGCUACUAUACUAUUACUAAACCCACUACAAUACACCCGGGGGUAAUAGGACUAUACUGCUACUAUACUAUUACUAUACCGCUACAAUACGCCUGGGGGUAAUAGGACUAUACUGCUACUAUACUAUUACUAUACCGCUACAAUACGCCUGGGGGUAAUAGGACUAUACUGCUACUAUACUAUUACUAUAAACCGCUACCAAUACGCCUGGGGGUAAUAGGACUAUACUGCUACUAUACUAUUACUAUAACCGCUACAAUACGGCCUGGGGGUAAUAGGACUAUACUGCUACUAUACUAUUACUAUAACCGCUACAAUACGCCUGGGGGUAAUAGGACUAUACUGCUACUAUACUAUUACUAUACCGCUAACCAUACGCCUUGGGGGUAAUAGGACUAUACUGCUACUAUACUAUUACUAUACCACUACAAUACGCCUGGGGGUAAUAGGACUAUACUGCUACUUACUAUUACUAUACCACUACAAUACGCCUGGGGUAAUAGGACUAUACUGCUACUAUACUAUUACUAUACCACUACAAUACGCCUGGGGGUAAUAGGACUAUACUGCUACUAUACUAUACUAUACCACUACAAUACGCCUGGGGUGGUGUGGUUUAUAGUGGAUAUAUGCACCUAUACUAUUACUAUACCACUACAAUACGCCUGGGGGUAAUAGGACUAUACUGCUACUAUACUAUUACUAUACCACUACAAUACGCCUGGGGGUAAUAGGACUAUACUGCUACUAUACUAUUACUAUACCGCUACAAUACCCUGGGGGGUAAUAGACUAUACUGUACUAUACUAUUACUAUACCACUACAAUACGCCUGGGGGUAAUAGAACUAUACUGCUACUAUACUAUUACUAUACCACUACAAUACGCCUGGGGGUAAUAUAACUAUACUGCUACUAUACUAUUACUAUACCACUACAAUACGCCUGGGGGUAAUAGGACUAUACUGCUACUAUACUAUUACUAUACCGCUACAAUACGCCUGGGGGGUAAUAGGACUAUACUGCUACUAUACUAUUACUAUACCACUACAAUACGCCCGGGGGUAAUAGGACUAUACUGCUACUAUACUAUUACUAUACCACUACAAUACGCCUGGGGGUAAUAGGACUAUACUGCUACUAUACUAUUACUAUACCGCUACAAUACGCCUGGGGGUAAUAGGACUAUACUGCUACUAUACUAUUACUAUACCACUACAAUACGCCUGGGGGUAAUAGGACUAUACUGCUACUAUACUAUUACUAUACCGCUACAAUACGCCCUGGGGGUAAUAGGACUAUACUGCUACUAUACUAUUACUAUACCACUACAAUACGCCUGGGGGUAAUAGGACUAUACUGCUACUAUACUAUUACUAUACCACUACAAUACGCCUGGGGGUAAUAGGACUAUACUGCUACUAUACUAUUACUAUACCACUACAAUACGCCUGGGGGUAAUAGGACUAAUACUGCUACUAUAACCACUACAAUACGCCUGGGGGUAAUAGACUAUACCUGCUACUAUACGUAUUACUAUAGCCACUACAAUACCCUGGGGGUAAUAGGACUAUACUGCUACUAUAUACUAUUACUAUACCACUACAUACGCCUGGGGGUAAUAGGACUAUACUGCUACUAUAACUAUUACUAGUACCACUACAAUACGCCUGGGGGUAAUAAGGACUAUACUGCUACUAUACUAUUACUAUACCACUACAGAUACGCCUGGGGGUAAUAGGACUAUAACUGCUACUAUACUAUUACUAUACCACUACAAUACGCCCGGGGGUAAUAGGACUAUACUGCUACUAUACUAUUACUAUACCGCUACAAUACGCCUGGGGGUAAUAGGACUAUACUGCUACUAUACUAUUACUAUACCGCUACAAUACGCCUGGGGGUAAUAGGACUAUACUGCUACUAUACUAUUACUAUACCACUACAAUACGCCUGGGGGUAAUAGGACUAUACUGCUACUAUACUAUUACUAUACCACUACAAUACGCCUGGGGGUAAUAGAACUAUACUGCUACUAUUACUACUACUACUACUACUACUAUAAUGUUACUAUAAUGUUACUAUACUGUUACUAUACUACUACUACUACUACUACUACUACUACACUAUAUCACUACUACUAUGUUGCUACUAUACUACUACUAGUAUGAAAAAAUAAAAAAUAAAAAAUGUAUGCACUCUGGAUAAGAGCGUCUGCUAAAUGACUAAAAUGUAAAUGUAAAAUGUACUACUACUACUGCUACUACUACUACUACUACUACAACUACUAAAUGUCUAUACUACUACUAUAUUACUACUAUACUACUACUAAUAUACUGCUACUAAACUACUGUACUACUACUACUACUAUGCUACUACAACACUUCUAUACUAAUACUAUACUACAACUAAUAUACUGUUGCUAUACUACUACUAGUAUACUACUACUACUACUAAACUUCUAUACUAUUACUAUACUACUGUACUACUAUACUAUUACUAUACAACUACUACUAAACUACUGUAUUACUAUAAUACUACUAUACUACUACCAAACUACUGUACUACUACUACUAUAAUACUAAUAUACUACUUUUACUACUACUAUACUACUACUACUACUACGACUUCUACCCAUAUACUACUGUACUACUACUAAACUACUAUACUACUACUGCUACUACUACUACUACUAUACUAAUACUACAUUAUGACUAUAAUACUACUAUACUACUACUACUAUAGUACUACUACUAUUGCUAUACUACUACAAUGCUACGACCAUAAUACUAAUAUACUACUACUAAUAUACUACUACUACUAUUGCUACUAUACUACUACUUCUAUACUACUACUACUACUACCAUACUACUACUAUACUACUACAGUUUUACCUGACAACCCCUCCAGACUGACUGGCUGAAUGACUGACUGAAUGAAUGGCUGACUGAAAGACUGACUGACUGGCUGAAUGGCUGACUGGCUGAAUGGCUGACUGGCUGACUGAAUGGCUGACUGAAUGGCUGACUGAAUGGCUGACUGAAUGGCUGACUGAAUGACUGGCUGAAUGACUGGCUGAAUGGCUGGCUGACUGACUGACUGACUGGCUGAAUGGCUGACUGGCUGACUGAAUGGCUGACUGAAUGGCUGACUGAAUGGCUGACUGAAUGGCUGACUGAAUGACUGGCUGAAUGACUGGCUGAAUGGCUGGCUGACUGACUGACUGACUGGCUGAAUGGCUGACUGACUGACUGACUGGCUGAAUGGCUGACUGGCUGACUGAAUGGCUGAAUGGCUGACUGAAUGGCUGACCACACCCAGUUCCAGGCAGACAGACAGACAGACUGAUGGACAUAUCAUUUGAUUAAUUGAUUGAUGUCUGUUGAUCUCUGUCCACCAGGUAUGUGAAUGAGAACUACACUAAAUUCCAGAUCGCCACCUGGGGUUCUCUCAUCGUCCAUGAGGCCAUCUACUUCCUGUUUUGUCUACCUGGUUUCCUGUUUCAGUUCCUUCCCUUCAUGCAGAAGUACAAGAUCCAACCGGUAGGUGGUGUGUGUUAGAUCCAAGUAGGGGGGGGGGGGGGGGGGGGGGGGGGGGGGUUAGAUCCAACAGGUAGUUUUUUUUUAUAGAAGAAGCAGUGGAAUUUUUUUAAUGCUCUCUCUCAUCCUGUGUGUAUUGUGUGUUGUGUUGUGUUGUGUGUGUGUGUGUGUGUGUGUGUGUGUGUGUGUGUGUGUGUGUGUGUGCAGGACAAGCCAGAGACGUGGGAGAAACAGUGGAAGUGUUUCAAGAUGCUUCUGUUCAAUCACUUCUGUAUUCAGCUGCCCAUGAUCUGUGGGACGUACCACUUCACUGAGUUCUUCAGCAUCCCCUACGACUGGGACAGCAUGCCACGAUGGUACAGCCCAACACACACACAACCUCCCCUACGACAGCAUGCCAAAAAGGCUGUUCUGUCUCUCUCUCCCCUCCCCAGGCCCUACCUGCUAGCUCAGUGUCUAGGCUGUUCCGUUCUGUCUCCUCCUCCCCUCCCCAGGCCCUAACCGGUUAACUCAGUAUUAAGGCUGUUCCCCCCUGUCUCUCUCUCUCAUCCCCUCCCCCAGGGCCCUACCCUGCCUAGCCGCCAGUGUCUAGGCUGGGUAUGUCUCGCUCUCUCCCCCUCCCCAGGCCCUACCUGUUAACUCAGUAUUAACGGCUGUUUGGUUCUCUCUCUCUCCCCUCCCCAGGCCCCUACCCUGUUAACUCAGUAUUAAAGGGCAUGUUUCUGUCUCUCCUCUCCCCUCCGACAGGCCCUACCUGUUAACUCAGUAUUAAGGCUGUUCUGUCUCUCUCUCCCCUCCCCAGGCCCUACCUGCUAAACUCAGUGGUUAAGGCUGUUCUGUCUCCUCUCCCCUCCCCAGUCCUACCUGCUAACUCAGUAUUAAGGCUGUUCUGUCUCUCUCUCCCCUCCCCAGGCCCUACCUGCUAAGCUCAGUAUUAAGGCUGUUCUGUCUCUCUCUCCCCUCCCCAGGCCCUACCUGUUACUCAGUAUUAGGCUGUUCUUGUCUCUCUCUCCCCUCCCCAGGCCCUACCUGCUAGCUCAGUAUUAAGGGCGGUUCUGUCUCUCUCUCCCCUCCCCAGGCCCUACCUGCUAGCUCAGUCAUAAGGCUGUUUCUGUCUCUCUCUCCCUCCCCAGGCCCUACCUGCUACGCUCAGUGUCUAGGGCUGUUUCUGUCCUCUCUCUCCCCUCCCCAGGCCCUACCUGUUAACUCAGUAUUAGGCUGUUCUGUCCGCGCUCUCCCCUCCCCAGGCCCUACCUGUUAACUCAGUAUUAAGGCUGUUCUGUCUCUCUCUCCCCUCCACAGGGCCCUACCUGUUAACUCAAUAUUAAUCUGUUCUGUCUCUCUCUCCCCCUCCCGAGGGCCCUACCUGUUUAACUCAGUAUAAGGCGGUUCGGCUGUCUCUCUCUCCUCCCAGGCCCCUACCGCCUAGCUCCGUGUCUAGGCUGUUCUGUCUCUCUCUCCCCUCCCAGCACUACCUGCUAGCUCGGUGGUCUAGGCUGUUUCUGGCUGAUCUCUCCCUCCCCAGGCUACCUGUUAAUGCAGUUUUAAAGGUGUUUCUGUCUAUCUCUCCCCCUCCCCAGGCCCACCUGUUACGCAUUAUUAAUCUUUCUUCUAUCUCUCCCCUCCCCAGGCCCUCCUGUGGACUCAGUAUUAAGCUGUUCUGUCUCUUCUCCCCCUCCCCGCCCUACCUGUUACCUCAGUUCUGGCUUUCUUCUAUCUCUCCUCCCCAGGCCCCUACCUGUUAACUCAGUAUUAAGGUCUUUCUGUCGCUCUCUCCCCUCCCAGGCCCUACCUGUUACUCAUGUCUAUCUGUUCUGUCUCUCCUCCACUCCCCAGGCCCUACCUGUUUAACUCAGUGUCUAGGCUGUUCUGUCUCUCUCUCUCUCCCCUCCCCAGGCCUACCUGCUGCUCAGUGUCUAGGCUGUUUUCUGUCUCUCUCCCCCUCCCAGGCCCUACCUGUUAACUCGGAUUACGGCUGUUCUGUCGCUCUCUCCCCUCCACAGGCCCGACCUGUGAACUCAGUAUAGGCUGUUCCCUGUCUCUCUCUCCCCUCCCCCAGGCCAUACCUGCUGGCUCAGUGUCUAGGCUGUUCUGGUCUCUCUCUCUCCCCUCCCCAGCCCCUACACCUGUUUAACUCAUAUGCCGAAGUGUUCUGUCUCUCUCUCUCCCUCCCAGGCCCUACCUGCUGGCUCAUGUGUCUAGCUGUUCUGUCUCUGUCCUCUCUCUCCCCGCCCCCCCCCCCAGGCCCUACUUUUAACUCAUUAGUAAGGCUGUUUUUCUGUCCUCUCGCUCCCCUCCCCAGGCCCUACAUGUUAAACUCGUAUUAAGGCUGUUCUGUCUCUCUCUCCCCGCCCCAGGCCCUACCUGCUAUCUCCGUGUCAGGCUGUCUGUGAUAGAGGACACCUGGCACUUUUCCUCCAUCGCCUGC